AUGUUCAAAAGAAUCUUCUUGUUGGCAACAACACUUCUUGUGGUCUCCGCUGCAAUUGCUGUGUUGGCACAAGAUCCAAUCAGACAAGUCAAUGAUCCUGUCUUGAUUAAUCUAAUCAAUAACAGUCCAAAGGUUUUUUGGAAAGCCACUCAUUAUCCACAAUUUGAAAAUAUGAGUGUUGAAGAUUUCAGAAAGAGAUUGGGAGCUGUUUUGAUUCAACCAGGAACAGCUGACAUGAUCAUGGAGAGAUUACAAAAACAAUCAUCUACCAACAAGGUUGUAGCAGCACCAGCAAGCUUUGAUUCGAGAGUCAAAUGGCCAAAAUGUAUCCAUCCCAUUAGAAAUCAAGAACAAUGUGGUUCAUGUUGGGCUUUCUCUGCUUCUGAAGUGUUGAGUGAUCGUUUGUGUAUUGCCACUGAUGGUAAAACAGAUCUUGUUCUUUCACCUCAAUACAUGGUUUCAUGUGAUACUAGAAACUAUGGAUGUGAUGGAGGAUAUUUGAAUCUUGCAUGGAACUUUUUGGUCACAACUGGUAUUCCAAGUGAUGCUUGUGUUCCAUACACUUCUGGUGAUGGAAAGAGUAAUGGUAAAUGCCCAACCAAAUGUUCCAAUGGACAAGCCGUUACUCUGUACAAGGCAAAGUCUGCCAAGCACGUGAUUGGUGUUUCAAAUGCUGAGAAUGAAUUGUAUGAAUAUGGACCAAUUCAAACAGGUUUUACAGUGUAUCGUGAUUUUAUGAGCUACAAAUCUGGAGUGUAUCAUCACGUCUCUGGUGAGGCAUUGGGUGGACAUGCAGUCAAGAUUGUUGGUUAUGGUGUGGAUUCAGUGAGCAAUAAGAAGUAUUGGAUUGUUGCCAACUCGUGGGGAACAAGUUGGGGCAUGAAUGGUUUCUUCUGGAUUUUGAAAGGAGUUGAUGAAUGCAACAUUGAAAGCGGAAUGUGGACAGGUUAUGCAUGA